GAUAUUUGCUGUCAUGUGAUUGAUGAAUUGGGGUUGCUGUUUCUAAAGCGUGAACUUUUGAAAUGUGUGUUGGCAUUAACGCGAUUACUGCGCCGACACUUUAAGCGCUGUUUCUAAAGUACGAUUUUUAUAUGACGCAGGGUUACACAAGAACGCAACCAUUACAUUAUAGAAGAACUGACUGUAUUGCUGAAAAAGUCAGCAUCCAUGGAGACAGCAAGUUUCGAGUCUACAUAAAUCUUCACCAGAGCUAAAGUGUGGAGGGGACAACGCUGCGAUGUCCAGCAUUUGUUGUUUUCAGUACAGAUUACUGCAAUAAUUUGUUCCUACAUAUUACUGAAAAAGACCUUAAUCGCGACUUUUCGUCUUACAAUUUGCAAUGUAGUUAACUCUUAAGGACCCGCUGAGCAACUAAGGAAGGAUGCUUAAUAAACGCUCCAUUAGAGUACAGCAAAAAGAAAGUGAGUCAAAUAGGAGGGCUUUACAAAAGAAAAACAAAUGGUCAUGAACUAUUUCCGUUGCGAUCCGUGCUUUAGACUUGAGCUGACAUCAGUCCCGGAUGAUAAACAACUCAAGACGCUCAGUACCAGUGCAUCCAAAGCCCAGCCCCGGCCAGCAGCCGCCAUCUUGUGGGUGGACGGUUGGAGCCGGCGGGAGCGCCCGCGCUCACAGUCCAGGGCCGCGCAGCCGCAGUGAGCAUCGGUAACGGCUGGAGCUGGAUCGGUGUCUCUCUCAGUGACAAAUCACGUCAAAUGAUCGAUUCCAUUCACCUGUGCUAGCAAGGGCCAAUGGAUUUUGAAGCACAUUAUGAACACUUGUGUGCUCUGCAUGACCUUGUUCCACUAAAAGCUGUGAAGGCAAAUUUAAAUCAAGGUGUUUUGGACAUUAAUGGUGACUGGAUCAAGCUAUCUGAGUGGGCACCGAUUUUCAGCUCUAUCAGUGUCAGUAAGAAUUUAACUUUCCUUGCUGUUCGAAGUUACUAUCAACCUGGCCUUGGGGAAACAGGGAGUGAAAGAUGUAAACAGAACAUCAGAAAGCGCAUACCAGCCAUCAGGUCAAAAGACUUUACAAUUCAAUUGUGCAAAUCAGUUAGAGAUUCUCUGAGUGUUUCGAGUGCUCUAAAAACUUUGGAGUUAGAAGGAUUACCUUUGAGACACGGAGAUCUUCUGACAUUAACAAAGGGUCUAUCCAGGACAAAAACACUACAGAACCUUUCAUUAGCUCAUUGUCCAAUUGGAGAUGAAGGACUGGAAAUCAUUUGCCAGAAUGUGAAGAAUUCAGCAACCAUCAAAAUAGUCAACUUCACAGGCUGUAACUUAACAUGGCGUGGAGCACAGCAUAUGACAGGCAUUAUUAAGUAUCAAGCAACAAAAAGGCACAGUCAAGUCUGGGCAGAGAGUCUUCGUUAUAGGCAUCCUGACCUAGAUUGUAUGACUGGUUUGCGGCGCAUUACAAUGAAUUGUAACACACUAAUUGGUGAUGCUGGAGCUAUUGCCUUUGCAGAUGCCCUCAAAGAUGACCUUUGGCUUAAAGCCCUGGAUUUGCAGCAAUGUGGAAUUUCUAAUAAAGGAGCCAAAACAUUGCUUGAUAUCUUGCAGACCAGUAGUUCUCUAAUUGUGUUGGAUGUUAGAAAAAACCCAUUAAUCGAUCGAUCUUUAACAAAAUCCAUUAUUGAAAAGAUAUUGCUGAAUGGAAUUGGAGUCACUUCUGAGUACAAAUGGCUAACACUAACGUCUUCUAGAGACCCUGCUAAACAAAAACAAAGAAGAAAAGCUGUGAAGUUGAGACAUGGUUUGAAAGGAAAAGCUACUAUUCGUAUAGUUAUAUGGAAGUAUUGUGGUACAAAGACGUUUACAGAGAAUGGCAAGAAAAGAGCUCCUAGUUCUUCAGAUUUUAACCCAGAACCACUGCCACCAGGUUCAGAGGGGUAUGUACCGUGGCGUACUGCUGCACGUGCUAACCGAUUCAGGAAUUUUCACCUAGACUCGUCACACCAAAAUAGGGAUGUACAGGCAAGUAAUCCAGUAAAGAUCACGUUGGAGAGUGGAUCAUCUUCAGAAACUGAAGCGGUGAUCUGUACUUCUAAGGCAGAAAUGCAGAUGAAUGAUAUGGAAAAUUCAUACGAGACAUUCAAAACCAAGCAGUAUAAACAAUUAAAGGUGGAACUAAAAGAAUGUCGACUAAGACUGGAAGAAGAAAUUAGAGCACGGACAAAAGCUGAUGCUCGUUUGAUGGAGCUUGAAGUUGAAAAUGCCCAGCUUCGAAAAAUCAAUCUUUCUCUGUCUGAUGCUCUGCAAGCGCAAUCUACCACAAGUACGAUCCUUGAGGAUGAAGGAGUACUAGAAAGCAUUGAAGCCUCUUUCAAGAAAUUUCAUGCUUUUUUAGAUCUCUUAAAAGAUGCUGGUCUUGGGAAAUUGGCCAGCAUGGCUGGAAUAGACCAAUCAGACUUUGGUCCUGUUGGACAACCUCAGUUAUCAUCCACAGUUGGAAAUGGUCAGAAAGGACAAGAUGAAUCAACCAAAGAGAAAAUACUUCAGGAAACACCACAUGUUAUACAGUUGUUUGCUGGAGAUCAAGCCUCUCACAAUCAGUCUGAUACUACACAAAUUCUUAAUGCUUCCACAAAUAUUGCUGUUCAACUUGAAAAUCAAUCAUUUGAAUCCAAGUCCAAAAACUCAAAAUGUAGCCACCAGAACUCAGAGAACAAACUUCCGAAAUCUGAAGAAGCAGUUGGUUCUAAUGAACAUCGAACUAGCAAGCAAUAUUCAUCCAGGAGGAAUGGCCAACCCCAAGAAUAUGUGGUGGUUCAGGUUCCAGAGAAAUUGCUAAGCCUUUCGGUGGCUGAACAGCCCAUUGCUUCAGACGCAUCUAACAGAGCAGCAGACAAGUCAUAAAAGUGAAAGAAUAACAAAGGCAUCUUUUAACAAAGAGAAUUUUUUUAAAAAACAAGUUAAUUGUCUUGUUGCUGUUGAUAAUGAUGCUUCUUUGUUCACGGUAGGAGGGAAUGAAAAUGCACAAAAGACUGCUGAUGAAUAUUUUAUGAAAUCUAAAACAGAAUCAAAUAUUCUGAAAUAUUCAUUCAAUUGAUACAUUGUAUAAUGAUUCAUUUGAAAUUUUUAAGUGAUGCAAUUGCUCUUCUAUUUUGGAAAGUGUAAAUGUUGCAUUAUGAAAGACUUGUAAAUUUUACUGAAUUUGUUACAUUUUUUCUUAUGCUGAUUAAUAAAAUCCUAAA